AAAAGCCAUCUCGAGAGAAGUAUAAAAGCCACAUAGUUUCUAUUAUGGAUCAUUAUUUGUCAACUGGAAAUACAGCUGAAAAGAUGCGUCUAAGUCUGAGCUACUUCCUGAGCCUUCUUCUCGUCCUUCUCUGCGGAAAUGCUCUUGUGAGCGCCAGACCGCAGGGUCCAUGUGGACCACCACCUAACGGACCUCCACCAAGUGGGCCACCACCGUCGGGUCCUCCACCAGGCGGUCGCUGUGCACCACCGCAAUCAACAACCGCCGCAACGGGCUAAACAGAUUCAAUAUAUCAAGCCAGAUCGCCCACUUGACUACAAAGAUUGUGUUUUUUUUAUCAUUCGACUAAGCUUGUUAACCACUAACAAAUAUACGUAACUUUGCAA